CAUAUAAAAUGGGUUUUCAUGCAUGUCCCAUAUGUUCUAUGGCGUUGAACAAAGCCAGACAGUUCUUGCAAAGAAUUCCCAGCAUGCAGUGCUUACAAACCGCAUUUAUCCUCGGCUGCUUCUUGACAUUGGUGAAUGCUCAGACGUACAACCUCAAGCAGAUGGGCGUCUGCGCUCAGAUCAUCCUCCAGGCGACUUCAGACCUCACCAACAGGACCAUGCCCAUAGUGAAGACAUUGUUCGAGUGCGUCGGCUUCACGACUUCGAAAAAUGUGGCAGCACUCGAUACCAGGACAUUCAAGGAGGUGGCCUCCAAGUUCCUGGGAGAGCUCGUCCAGAAUCCCUCGUGCCUGUUCGAUGUGGCCGAGUCGGUGAAGAAACUAUUGGGACAGCAUUUCUCGCGACUGAAGAUCUAUAGAUGCAUGUACCUGGGCGUGGCACCCUCCUGUAUGCCCAAAGACCUAUAGACAACAAAUAAAAGAGCAGCAUGCUGCUCUCGUUACGUGUCCAUUGGAUCAUAUAUAAGCAGCUCAAACCGUGACAACGCCGCACAGUUCUCACACACUUCCCGCAGCAUGCACGGAGCGAAGGUCGCACUGCUCCUCAGCUGUCUGCUUCUGCUGCUCUGCGGGCCCAUUGCAGGGCAGAAGAUCAACCUGAUCAAGGUCGAGCGUUGCGUGGAGAUUGGCUUGGAGCUGACGGCGAGUCUCUCCAUCCAGAUCAUGCCCAUGAUGAAGGAGCUGCUGCAUUGCGUGGGCUAUGUGCCCAAGAUCAGCACUGCCCGAGUGAAUAAGGUGCAGCUGCUGGUGAUCAUCUACCAGUUCGUCCAUAAGAGCUUGAUGGGCGAGCGGCUGCCCUGCCUGAUGAAUGCCUACAUGUCGCUGUCGAGCGUCCUGGGUCCGCACUUGGAGAAGAUGAGCUCCCUGCAAUGUUCCUAUCUGUUUGUGAAGCCGCCAAUGUGUUGACCUACUCGUAAUAAAAAAGAUUUCAUUUGAAAA